AAGAACUCAUCUUUCUUUGUGUGUUUUGACUGUUUUCUCUGGUCCUCGCUGCCCACGCUCACAAUAAAAGUCCUCUAAAUUCUCAUCAUCUUCAUCGCAGCAGCUCCAAACUCUGAUCGAAUCAUCAGUAGGAGCUCGGCAUGAAGCCUGAUUCUAGGCUCCAGCUCGCACUCCCUUCCCAUGAAGACUCUCUUGGCAAAUUCUUGACUCAGAGUGGGACUUUUCGAGCUGGUGAUCUUCUUGUCAACAAGGAUGGGGUUCGGAUUGUUCAGCAAAGCGAAGAAGGAGCGCCACCUGUAAUAAAGCCCUCAGAUAAUCAGUUGAACUUGGCUGAUAUUGAUGCAGUGAAAGUCAUCGGCAAGGGUAGUGGUGGGAUUGUCCAACUGGUUCGCCAUAAAUGGACUGGCCAAUUUUUUGCUCUCAAGGUUAUACAAGUGAAUGUCCUUGAAAGUGUGCGAAGACAGAUUGCUCGGGAAUUGAAGAUAAACCAGUGUUCCCAGUGCCCAUUUCUUGUCGUGUGUUACCAAUGCUUUUAUGACAAUGGUGCUAUAUCUAUUGUCUUAGAAUACAUGGAUGGUGGCUCCCUUGCGGAUUUACUGAAGAAAGUCAGAACAAUUCCAGAGCCACAUCUAGCUGCAAUCUGUAAACAGGUGCUUCAGGGUUUAAUUUACCUUCAUCAUGAAAAACACAUUAUUCACCGGGAUUUAAAACCAUCAAAUAUACUUAUUAAUCAUAGAGGGGAAGUCAAGAUAUCAGAUUUCGGUGUUAGUGUUAUACUUACAAAAUCUUCUGGUCAGAGAGAUACUUUUAUUGGCACAUACAACUAUAUGUCUCCAGAACGAAUAAGUGGUGGCAAUCAUGGCUAUAUCAGUGAUAUUUGGAGCUUGGGCUUAGUAAUGCUGGAGUGCGCAACUGGCCAAUUUCCUUACCCCCCUGCUGAUAACUUCUUUGAACUUCUACAAGCUGUUGUUGAGCAACCUUCUCCUUGUCCACCUCCUGACCGGUUCUCUCAGGAAUUCUGCUCAUUUGUAUCUGCAUGUUUGCAAAAAAAUCCAAAUGAUAGGCAAUCUGCAGGUGCACUCUUGAAACAUCCCUUCUUAAGUAUGUAUGAUAGUCAAAACGUCGAUCUUGGCGCCUACUUAACAAAUGCGGGUUCUCCACUAGCCACCUUCUAAGAUCACACCAUUCUGCCUAUCAAGUGUAUGCAGAAGAACCUUUCCUUUCCCGAAUUUUAGCAAGGCUGACAUUGUUAUUAUUCGAGUUAUUAUUCAUUAGACUCGAACAAGAGACAGAAAACCUAGUGUUCUUCCCAUGGUAUCAUCCUCUUCAAGUAGGAGUACCGAUAAAAACUGAAUGUUGUACGUGAUGAUUACCUACUUGCAGUGUGAUUCUGUAACUUAGUAGUGGCAUGUUAGCUAGAUACUUGUACUCUGUUCUGAAGGCAUUAUAUGUGUACAGUGUAACAGACAUUGCCGAGGUUUUUCGACAUCCUCACGGAAUAAUUGUAUCCUUAUGCGAAAUCAGUUAUUAAGGAAAAAUGCUUGCCGUCUUAUUGUGCCUUGUUGAUGAGGCUAUC